AAUACGGAGAUAUUUUCUCUUUGUUCCUUUUUAUUUAUUUAUUUAUUUAUUUCUUUUUCCUUUUUUCUUUUUCUUUUUUAUUUUCUUAAAUUAAGGAAAGCUAGAAGAAUGAAACUCAGUAUAACUCUUUUCUACUCACUUGCCUCUAUUAUUUAUAUCGCUUCAGCUUUUGAGCACGACGAAUAUCAGCUUUUAUCGAAAAGAGAUCACGGACUUCCUUAUAACACCUUACCAUCAACAACAUGUGCUGUACCAUCCACCUGUAGCAAUAUCGGCAAUAACGUUACUUGUCGUUGCAGUGAUACCAUUACUGUUUGUAUCAAUAACAGUGGACAAUAUUGUUGGGGGUCUAUUUCCUUAAGCUCAACAACAUGCCCUACAAUGCCUACUUCCUGUUCAUCCACUCUUACAGGGACUACAUCUAAAUGUCUUUGCAAUGCCUCUAAUAUUCUCUGUGUUGAUAAUGCCAAUAAUUAUUGCUAUGGCUCUAUUAGUGGUAAUUCUGUCUCUGUUAUACCUUUACCUUAUGCCGCUGCAUCCUCCUCUGGUGCUGCUGCAUCCUCCUCUGUCGCUUCCUCUUCAUCUUCAGUUGUUGCUUCUGCUACGUCCUCUGCUGUUCCAACCACCAGUAGCUCGUCCAUGUCCGUAGUUGGUUUUGUCAUUAAAUUAAUUAUUAAAGGUCUCAUUAUGUCUUAGAAUAAUUUAUGUGUCAUUCUUUGGAAGAAAAAAAAAAAAAAAAAAAGGGAUGAUAAGGAGCAAAGCAAUAAAAGUACAGUUUUCUUUUUUUU